AUGACUGCUGAUAUCAAGUCUCCUUCCGUCUCCUUGAUGCAAGGCCACGUGGUGGGUACCCAGCUCAAAGACUCUUUUCCGCAACUCGUCGACGCCUUUUUGGGCGUCCCGUACGCUCUUCCUCCUGUAGGGGAGCGACGCUUCAGACCAGCAGCCAAGGUUUUGAGCUCAUCAGAUACCAUUGAUGCGUCCAAAUAUGGCCCCGCGGCUCCUGGUAAGGCACUUCUCUCUGGAGGACCAAAGCUCGUGCAGAGUGAAGACUGUUUAACUGCGAACAUUUUUCGACCAGCUGGAAGCAAUGAGACAGACAAUCUCCCUGUCGCAGUAUAUCUUCAUGGCGGUGCUUUCAACCGGGGGUCGGCAGCUAUGCACAAUACUGCGUCCAUGGUGGCAUGGUCAGAACGUCCCUUCGUUGCCGUGAGCUUCGGUUAUCGCAUUGGAGCCCUUGGGUUCUUGCCUUCGAGUGUCUCGCAGAAGGAAGGGGUCCUGAACCUUGGGUUGCGUGAUCAGGUACAUUUGCUGCAGUGGGUCCAAGAAAACAUCGCCAGUUUUGGCGGUGAUCCUACCAAUGUUACUUUGUUUGGUUUGUCCGCGGGAGCACACUCAAUUGGUCACCACCUCCUCAAUUAUGACCCAAAGAAAUCGCCAUUAUUCCACCGUGUCAUUAUCGAGUCAGGAGCACCAACUUCCCGCGCUGUUCGCCCAUAUAAUGCGAAGGUGCACGAGGACCAAUUUGCAGACUUCCUCCAAGAAGUCGGUUGCCCAGCCAGUUUGACCGAAGCCGAAAUCUUCCCAUUCCUACGCUCGCUCCCCACCUUGACUGUCACAAAUGCCCAAACAGCGGUUUUCGACAAGUAUAACCCUUCCCUUCGGUGGGCAUUUCAGCCCGUGAUUGAUGGAGAUAUAAUUUCUCGCAAGCCGCUCGAGGCAUGGGAAUCAAAUGUUUGGAAUAAAGUCCCCAUCAUGACCGGGUUCAACAGCAACGAGGGAACAAUGUACGUCGACAAGAAGAUGUCGGAUGCCUCCCAGUUUCGUGAGUUCUGGCAUAAUCUUCUGCCUGAGCUCUCGUCAUCUGAUCUUGACACAAUCGAAAAGCUCUAUCCUGACCCCAUGAUUGACUCUACAUCACCCUACGUUGAAAGCAGAGAGGGCGAGAGCCUCGGACCUCAAUAUAAGCGCAUUGAAGCUGCCUACGGACACUAUGCGUAUGUGGCUCCAGUCCGCCAGACAGCACAAUUUGCAUCAUCUCAGGGGGCUCCUGUCUACCUUUACCACUGGGCGCUACCUCGAACGGUGGUUGGUCGAGCAAACCAUGCCGAUAAUAUGUACUAUGAAACCUAUGAUAGUGCUAUCACAGGGAUUUCAGACUCGCAGAAAGAGUUGUCUGGAACGCUUCAUGCCUACUUGACUAGUUUUAUUACAACUGGUGAUCCUAAUCUCGUGCCUGGCCGAUAUUCUCGCCCAGAAUGGAAGCCCUUCCAGCCGGCGGAUAAAAUGGUUAUGGUCUUUGGAGAAGGAAAUGACGAAUUGAUUGGGGGUAAUGUGGCCCCCCUGCAAAAUGCGUUGCGGAUGAAUGGGCAAGAGAGCAGACGGACUUCUGGUGGUCGAAAGUUCCAAUUUCUCAACUUGCUUGAUAAAUGCAAAGCGGAAACAAUCAUGUAUAGAGCUCAGCCAGAAGCCUCUAUGAUUUUCUUCUGCUUACCCCCUUCCGUCAUCGCCUCCAUCAUGUGGACUGGAGUCAGUGUCUAG